AUGAAGUUAGCAGUAUUCAUUUUUGCACUUGCUGCUCUGUUCGGAGCAGAAGCCAUUACGUUUACAAGAUGUCAAUUGGUUCACGAAUUAAGGAAUCAAGGCUUUCCAGAGAAUAAACUGAGGGAUUGGGUGUGUCUGGUUGAAAACGAGAGUAGCCGUAACACAGCCAAAGUGGGAAGAGUGAACAAGAAUGGUUCCAGGGACUACGGUCUCUUCCAGAUCAACGACAAGUACUGGUGCAGCAAUACGAACACUGCCGGAAAAGACUGCAAUGUCACCUGUGCGCAGGUGACAACGGACGACAUCACAAAAGCUGCAACCUGCGCCAAAAAGAUCUUCAAGCGCCAUGGAUUCAACGCGUGGUAUGGUUGGAAGAACCACUGCCAAGGCUCUCUCCCUGACAUAAGUUCUUGUUAA